AUGGGCAACCAACACUCCACCUCGCACGCAGGCCUCAAACCCAAGAAAAACGUCCACUGGAAGACAGCAGGGCGACCGGCCAUACCGGGAAAACCAGAUGUGAUACCAAUACCAUCAGAUGAAGAGCCAAAUGCUAUAACACUUCGGUGGCGUCCGCCGGUUCACGAUGGUGGCGCGCCGCUACGGGGCUAUCAGGUCGAAUGUAAUCGACUCGGUUCAGCGGACUGGGUGCGAACUUCUCCUCCCGUUGUUCUACGACCAGAAUUGGUACUAUCCGGUCUAGAACCACCGCAUCGAUAUCAAUUUCGCGUAGCCGCUGUUAAUGGAGUCGGCCGCUCAGAUUUUAGCGAAUUAUCUGACGUACUUACCGUCAGUUCUGACCGAAUUCAAAACGAACCACCCUUGUUCCUCCAACAGUUAGAAGAUAUAAUAGCAUUAGAAAACGAUAAAACAGAGUUUCGCGUGUCUUUCGUCGGCAUUCCCAUUCCAACGAUAGCUUGGUUUAAAGAUGAUUACGAAAUAUUUAGCAGUAGACGAACUGCUAUAUCUACAACAGAGUCCACCAGUGUUCUGAUUUUUCAUCAAACUCUCCCUAGUGAUGAAGGUGAAAUUAAAUGUACAGCUACAAACCGCUUAGGUCAUACGGUCACCAAAGCACGACUAACUUUGGAAGCGGCCCCUAAAUUACGAUAUCCGCGUCAGUAUGAAGAUGGACUUCUUUACGAAAUUAAUGAAACAGUGUAUUUGAAAACAACAAUUGUAGGAAAGCCUUCCCCUAGCGUAGAAUGGCGACAUGAUGGCCAGCCAAUAGUUCCCGAUAAGCGUGUAGAAAUUACGAAUACCCCAAAGUUUUCAAUGUUAAAAAUUCAUUCUGCAAGACGCGGUGAUCGAGGUGAAUAUCAAGUGCAUGCAAAGAAUAGUAUAGGUGAGGACACGGCCGCAUUUUUAGUGACAAUCACUGCACCUCCAGACCCUCCGCAACGGGUUACUGUUACACGACAAGUUGAUAAGUCCGUGACCUUAGACUGGGAGCCCCCGGAAGACGACGGCGGUUGUCGUAUAGGUAAUUACGUGGUGGAGUAUUUCCGAACUGGAUGGAACGUUUGGUUAAAAGCAACAACAAGUCGUAAAACAAACGUAACCCUAUUUGAUUUAAUCGAAGGAAGUGAAUAUAAAUUUAGAGUAAAAGCAGAAAGUCCAUAUGGCAUGAGUGCACCGAGUGUUGAAUCUGCACCAAUCCGAAUACCGGGUAGACCCGUGGAUAUGGAAUUCUUAGAAGUAGAAUCGAAAAUAAUUACCGACGUACUUAUGCGUGAAACUGGUGAUGAAGUCCCUGUUUCUCCAGCGCCACGGCGAAAGCGCGGUCUUGUAGCCUCGUCGCCUUCGAAACCAACAGAAUUAGAAAAUUCGCCUUCUUCUGCAGCGUCACCUGUACCACGUCGUAGGCCUCGCAGUUCUACUCGCGGUCAGUCGGAAAGCAAUGAAUUUAUGCUGGUCCUUUACCCAAAUACUGACAAGUCAGCGGAAAAAGCUGAAAAAAGAAAAUCUUUUCAACUCGACCUGGAAGACGCUAUAUCACCGCCGCCUAUUUCGUUAUCUGCCCCCGAACUAAGCACUCGCUGUGUAAUGCCAUUCAAAUCAUUAAGAAACGCGGUGAGUUCCACAGAACUUCUACACGAACAAGCUAUGGCGCGAUUUUAUAAAGCUGUGGCAAUGAAAGAAGAGCAAAAUAAACAGAAAGACAGUAAAAUUCACGUUUCAACUGCAGCAGCUCCCAAAGUUAAAGAUACUACCGACACAAUAAAUGAACAAAGUACGGUAGUUAAAUUAAAAACGCCAAACAUAUUCAUACAAACUGACUCUAUAGAAAAUAAACAUUAUAAAUUUGAGUCGGAAGACAGACAAGUAUCUCAAGACUCAAACGAUAAAUGGCAACAGAUGUCAUUUGAGGAAGACUAUACGGCUAGCACCGUUUCAACAGGUGAAGAAUAUUCAGAUGAAGAUGCUGAAAGCCUCAUCGAAGACAUAGACAGACAAAGUCAUUAUUCAAAUGACGAAGAAACAUAUAAUCCUAGAGAUAAAAUUGCACACCAGUUCUCUCUCGAGCAAUCUAUGGAAGAAGUUGAAUACGAGUCGACGGAAGAAUUUGUUAAACCGUUACCCCUUCCUGAUCCAAAUUUUGUUCCGAAACCUAUACUUAAACACAGACAGGAAGUUUUGCCAAAUAGUGACAAAACUGCGCCAAAAUCUAAGCAAAAAGUGAACGAAAAAGAAAAAUCUAAAAAAGAAGACAAAAUGACGCUCUUUAAAAAAAUCACUAAAAUGCCUGUGCAGAAGCCGUUUGGUUUGCCAAAAAUAUUAAAUAGAAGGGAAACUGACAAAAUAAAAAAUAACAUUACAACAGAGCAAAACAAAGCUCCGACUGCGAUUGAAAAAGUUGAUAACAAAUUAGAUGAUGAAGGGAAAACAGUUAUUGACUAUUACGGAAACAUCGUGAAAGAGUAUGGAAGUCAUAAGAGACCGCAGACUCCUCUUUUACUUAACACUGAGGACCUAAAGCAAGAAGCUGAAAAGCAAAUGAACGAUUUAAAGAAAGAAAGAAUUGUGGAACAACCAACUACUACGUCAUCGACUAAAGUAGUCACAAGAAAUAACAUUAAAGGAAAGAAGAAACCGGCUAUUAAAAAAAUACAAGAAAACCCCAAUCAAAAUAUAGGACCACAACAAAAACCGAGGCAAGGACAAAAUACUUCAGUUUUAGUAAAACAGCAAAAAAUAGCACCAACUGAAAAAGAUAACAUAAAAAAUGUAGAUAAUGCUAAAGUUAUAUUAAGAACAACGGAACGGGCCACUAUCGUUAUACCAAUUGACUAUCAAAAACUUGAACAAAAAGCAAAGAGAAAUGUUAGGUCAGUCAUUGACUACACUGUUGAUUUGUGUUUAUUAAUAUUAGCUUUUUGGGUAUAUUUCUUUAAAGAUGAACGCCUUGCCAUUCCCUUACUGAUUCUUAUUAUUUAUAGACAGUUACAAGAGACUGUGCUUUUUGAUAUCCCUCAAAUGGUAAGCCGUUACUGUCCUAGCUGGCUUAUGAAAAAGGCUUCUUGA